AUGUCGGUGGCCUCGAAGAACCCUUUCUCUGUCCUGGACGAGGAGUCAUCCCGCCCUUCCAGCCCAGCCCCUGCCACUGACCAUGCCCCCGUCCCCGCUCAACCCACAUCCAAACCCUCCAAGGGCAACCAGCGCGGCAGGGGUGGCCCCGCUUCUCGCGGCGGUCGCUACUACAACAGAGGCGGCGGUGCCAACAAAAACACCGACACCAAUCGCGAUACUACCACUGCGGAGGAACCCGCAGCCGGUGCAGAGUCUAACAGGCGUCGAUUCGACGGCGAACGCAGGGAAGGCAGGGAAGGCAGGGGGAGAGGUCGUGGCAACCGUGGUGGCGGAAGAGGACGGGCCUUCGACAGGCAUAGCGGCACGGGCAAGACCGACUCUGAAAAGAAAGUCCAUCAGUCCUGGGGCGGCGACGAUGGCUCUACCGAACUCAAGGUAGAGGAGGCUGCCACCAACGACGCCGCCGCAGACGGUGACGGUGCUGCCGAUGGGACAGGCGACACCAACAACUGGGCUGGUGGUGCUGCUGUCGAUGAUGCUUGGGGUGCAAGUCCCGCCGACGCUUCAGCACCCGCUCCAGUCAACGGUGAAGGUGAAGCCGAAGCCGGCAAAACCGAAAGUCGUCGUCGCGACAGAGAGGAAGAAGAGGACAACACCCUCACCCUCGACCAGUACCUCGCCCAGCAAAAGGAGAAGGAAUCCAGCCUGCUACCGAAGCUCGAGUCUCGCAAGGCCAACGAAGGUUCCGACGACCGUAUCUGGGAUGGUGCCACCCGCCUCGAGAAAGGCGAAGGCGACGCGUACUUCGCUGGAAAGACCAGGAAUACAGCCAAGUCCCGCACCGAGAAGAAGGAAAAAGUCUUUAUCGAAAUCGAGGCCCGCUUCGACCGUCCAUCACGCGGAACGCGUGGUCGCGGAGGCGACAGAGGCGACCGGGGUCGUGGCCGGGGCGGACGUGGCCGAGGCCGUGGUGGAUUCAGUGGCAAUACCGCAUCCACUGGUGUCAAUGUGGAUGACGAGAGAGCCUUCCCUGCGCUCUCGUAG